AUGCUACUGUAUCCAGGUAGUAACUGGCAGCCCGCGGGGAACCGUUCUGAACUCUCCCUCCAAACACGAAAUGUCCAGCUCCAUUCCCAUGUGGAGACCACCCCGUCAACCUAUGGGGAGACGGCCAGAAUACAGGCCUCUACGAAUGAUAUAGCUUCGUCUUCAAAGACACAUCAAUAUACAACUCAACUCAAGCUCCCUGCCUCACAUGCUGUGUAUUCGAACUUUUACCUGAGGUCCGACGGCGUGUUGUUUGAGAGCGAGAAGCAACUUACAGCCGACCGAGCUAAACACGCGCUCACCUUAGCCAUAUUGCCCAUCGAAGACGAUGAAGCACAUGGCCGAAAGAGAAUCCGAUCGAAAGAGUCGAAGUCAGAGAAACAACCAACAAACAGAUCCUAUCCCCACCUCUCCUGUGAGGAGUAUCAGCCGCCGCCGGGCAGCUUGCCUCAAGAUCUCGCUGCGAUAUUUCUCCACCUGGUGACUCUUAUCGACAGACACUUGAAUCAUAAUAAGGAUGGAAAUAAGAGACUGACAGAUGCUACUCGCGUCAAGAGGCAAAUCUACACAUCCAAGAACGAUGUUUGGACACGCGGACGGCAGAUAAGGUGCUUCCAACUAAUACAACGCGGCCGCUGGCUUAUAAACAUGAAUGUAUCACUCGGUGAAAUUUAUGAAGAAAGGCCCGAAGGAGGUAAUGAAACUAUAAUGAUCAUGUCUUGCCUAUCUGGCCUCUUCAAUUUACCCUGGCUACCCCCUGGCCGAUUCAAGGAGCUGGAAGAUCUACGAAAGCAAGAUGAAACCAAAUCAUUUCGCCAGGGCCAAGGCGCACGCACGACAUUGGCUUCUAUACCAAAUAUAGCGCCUGGUAUAUUACAAGGGUCAUUCGCCAGCGCUGGAGACACUGCAGAAAUAACCACAUCUACACUUAGCAACACGCCAAGAACACCUUGGGAUGAACGCGGUGACAAGAGCAAAAGGCCAAAGUUUGCCAGAGAUAGCCAUGUCACAAACCUACGACCUACCUCAGGGCUAUUGUCGAAUCAUCUUGGGCAAAACGUGUCUAGCGGUUUGACAUAUGAGACGGCAUCUACGAUUUUGGUCAGCCACUGCACCUCUCUUCAACAGCCCGUUAGCGAUCCACAGAACUACCAUGACGCGGGUGGCAUCGUAUCAGUUCCGUUUAACGGUCGGGGCACCAGGCCAGUGGAAUUGAAUAGAAUGGUAGAAGUGCAGAGUUAUUUUAAUUACUGGGAUAGUGUUAGGCCUGCUAAUGCAACUAGGUGUUAUUAG